AUGAACUGGCUUGAUGUCCAUGUCGCUGAUGAUGACUACUAUGGAGAUUUUGCUUCAGACCCGUGGUCCCACGGUUUCAUUGUUCAAGACAUGGUACAAGCUUUCUCGGCUAUGGCCUUGUUCUUCCCAGAAGUGGGUGUGGUUGCUCAUGUGACGGAAUUUCUCAAAUUUGAACCGCUUGAGCAGUUCAGAAAGUCUCUCCUAUUUGACCCACGAGAACGAAACAAGACCCGGCCCGACCGAAGGACCAGAACAAGCUUCAAAUUUCGCGAUGUGAAAUUCUGGACCGAGUGGAACGCUGUUCGGGAGCAAAAACAGCACUUUUCAGAUAUUUUCCCGUUCGAUUGGAGCGUCGCUAUCCGCCCCAUCAUUGCCAAAUUAUAUCGAACGGGCAUCAUUGCUCCGGCACAUCUCCAGAAUGUUCCAGAAAUCGUCGCAGGUGUGGCUACAGCAAUGACUGAGCCUCACCGCCCCGACAAACUGGAUCUUUUCAUCAGCUAUUAUGACCCUCACAACCGAUUUCCAACAACGUUCCCCCACUUUGCUGGUCCGGAUAAUUGGCCGAAGAUACUUCCUCAUGCUGAGGCUUUUGCAAAAGAGCACCAAAAUGCUCGCUUCGCCCUUCUCCGAAUCUGGACGGCGCCGCACUUUUACCCGCUCAUGCUGGGGGCAAAUAUUCCGGGUAGCGAGUUUAGCAUGCAUAAGACCAUUACAAAGGCGUUGGCUCAUGCGAAAGAGCAGUUUGGAGACCGAGUGGUCGUGAGGGGUGAUUUGGUCCUUGUCAUGGGAGAAGACGCUGCUGACCUGUUUAAAUACUGCACGGCUGCGACGUUUGCUAUUCAGACGAGGCCGUGGCUGAGAGAGAUUGAUCUGUGGAAGAGUUUUAUCAAUGUUGAUUUGGAUUUGUUGAAGGAGUUGGAUCCUGUCUGGCUGGAUUAA